GAAGCCCCGCCCCCCCGCCUCGACCCUCCCACUCGGUGGAUUUCCGCUUCCUUCCGGCUGUCUCGCUUCGCCCUGGCAGGAUCGGCGCCGGAUCCCUCGGGAGAGGCUUCUGGGUCUUACUUCGGCGAGGUCUGGCUGCUCCCCCUCCGGCCUUUGGGGCGCCCCUCCCGCCAGGAGAGCUUUCCCCCCCCCCCGCCAGGAGAAAGCAGGAAAACAACUCUGACCAAAGAUUCACCUGCAAGUCACCUUUCAAGAGAUAGUAGAAAAUCAGCCCAAGGCAGCCAGUUCCAGAAAGGAUGGAGCCUGGGAAACUCUCGGAUCCCCCGUCAGACACAAGCAGCACUCUUAAAAACCACAAGAGAACCCAUGAAUGCUCAGAGUGUGGGAAAUCCUUUGCUUGCCGGUCCCUCCUUUUGACCCACAGGAAGUUCCAUGUGAGAAGCGGAUCCAGUGAAGGUUUGGAGGGUGAUAAAUCCUCCUCUGGAAAAGACAUGAAAAAUUUCAGAAGGGCCCCCAGACUAAAACCCUAUAAAUGUGAGGAAUGUAACUUAUGCUUUGGUCAAAGGUCACACCUUCUUAGACAUCAGAAAAUCCACACUGGAGAGAAACCCUAUCAGUGUCUGGAAUGUGGGAAUUUCUUCAGUGAAAGAGGCAGUCUCAGAAAGCACGAGAGAAUUCACACAGGGGAGAAACCUUACAAGUGUUGGGAAUGUGGGAGGAGCUUUUCUCGGAGGGCAAGUCUUUGGGCCCAUGAGAAGGUUCAUGCAGGAAUAAAAUCAUACAAAUGCUUUGAGUGUGGAAAAUGUUUCACCCUGAGUUCAGGUCUUUGGAGUCAUGCAAAAACACACAGAGGGGAAAAAAACGAAAAAUGCCUCGAAUGUGGGAAAUGUUUUAUUUCGAAAUCAAGCCUGGUGCAACAUCAGAGAAAUCACACCGGAGAGAGACCCUAUGAAUGCCCAGAAUGUGAGAGACGAUUUAUGUUUCCUUCUCUACUUCAGAGGCAUCAGAAGGGGCACAAAGGGGAGAAACCCUAUCAAUGUGGAGAACGUGGGAAAGGUUUUGUUACACAAAGAGAGCUUCAGCGUCACGAGGGAAUCCACACAGGAGAGAAGCCAUACAGAUGCCUAGAAUGUGAGAAAUGUUUUGCUCGAAAGGAACACCUUUGGACACAUCAGAAAACCCACACAGGGGAGAAGCCAUAUCAAUGCCUAGAAUGUGGGAAAUGUUUUGCUCAAAAGGGACACCUUUGGACACAUCAUAAAACCCACACGGGGGAGAAGCCAUAUCAAUGCUUUGAAUGUGGGAAAUGUUUUGCUCGAAAGGGAAACCUUAGUGCACAUCAUAAAACCCACACAGGGGAGAAGCCAUAUCAAUGCUUUGAAUGUGGGAAAUGUUUUAUCUCAAAAUCAAACCUAGUGCAACAUCAGAGAAUUCAUACCGGAGAGAGACCCUAUGAAUGCCCAGAAUGUGAGAGAGGAUUUAUGUAUGUUUCUCUACUUCGGAGACACCAGAAGGAGCACAAUGGGGAGAAACCCUAUCAAUGUGGGGAAUGUGGGAAAGGUUUUCUUACACAAAGAGAGUUUCAGCGUCACGAGAGAAUCCACAAAGGGGAAAAACCAUACAAAUGUGAGGAGUGUGGGAAAUGCUUUACCCAAAAAGAAGGCCUUGGAAGGCAUCAGAGGGUCCACACAGGAGAGAAGCCAUAUCAAUGCUUCGAAUGUGGGAAAUGUUUUGCUCGAAAGGGAGGCCUUUGGAGACAUCAUAAAAUCCACACAGGGGAGAAACCAUAUAAAUGCAUCGAAUGUGGACAAUUUUAUUCUACCACAUCAGACCUUAGAAGUCAUGUAAAAACUCACACAGGGGAAAGAAAUUACAAAUGUUUAGAUUGUGGGAGAGCAUUUGCUCAUUCACAUUCCCUUAAAAAGCACAGCCGAACCCAUACAGGAGAGAAGCCCCAUAAAUGCUCGGAGUGCGAUAAAUGUUUUUCUCAAAAAAGUACUCUUUUGAAGCAUCAGCGAACCCACACUGGAGAAAAACCAUAUAAAUGUCCAGAGUGUGGGCAAUGUUUUGCCCAAACUUCAUCACUUCGCAAGCACACCAGAGGUCACACAGGGGAGUCGCCUUACAAGUGUGCAGAGUGUGAGAAAACCUUUCAUAGUAAAUCUCACCUAAAAAGGCAUCAGAAAGUCCAUAAUAGAGAGAAACCCCUUCAGUUGUGAGGAAUGUGGAAAACAUUUUUUGAAACGUCACAUCUUAUAAUUCACCAGGAACUUCACACAGUCCCAGAAGGGAAAUGCUACAGUUUUUUGGUGUGGGGAAACCUUCACAAUGACGAUGUCAAGACUGCUAACAUCGGAUGUUCUUGCUUGCCAUAUAUGAAGAAGCAAACACGUUUUAUUUAACCUGCAUAUCACUUCUAGAGUUAAAGUCAGAUAAAGUUAGAAUAGCAGAUGGGAAAGUAUGUACUCGGGGGAUAGUUAGCCACAACAAUAUUUCAGUACAGUAUUGCCAAGGUCAGUUGUAACCAGAAGAGUUACGGGAGGAAAAGUUCACACUUCAAACUAAUUGGAGAACAUGAUUGAUGACUGUGAAAUGAAGGAGUGAGUUAUGCUUUGUUACGGGUGAUUGGGGGUGGGAGGAUUCAGUUUUUGGCUGCAUUAUGUACGUGCCGAAGCUAUGUAGCAAAAAAGGAUUCUUUAAGGUAAACAAAGCUCAAAGUUCUUUGACAAGUUGCUUUUUUCAGAACCAUAACAUACGAAACCAGAAUGGUAAUUUUUUGUCCCAGUUUCUUGUGCUUUUUGUACACCAAAGCGUCCGCACAGGAGAGGUUUCACAAAUGCUUCAGCAGAAACCAAAAUUUUGUUUCUGAUUUUUUUACUUUUCAUUUUGGAUAUUAAAAUUUUGGGGCCCGAAAGAGAAGGAGAAAACUCAGUUUAGAUGCCUCAGAUAAUAUGAGGUGAUGGAAUUUGCCUUGUGAUUCCGUUGCACCUAAAAUGACAGGAGGAUCCCAUUUUCCUCUUGAAUGUGUAUUUAUCUCCUAGCCAGCCGAGAGCAUAAGGACCUCCUGGUGGUCUCCCAUCCAGCACUGCUGAGCUUUCCUGGAGUGGCCAAGGCUGGCCAGGUGUGGGCUUUUAGCUGAGACAAGCACAAUGAAAGGGAGGGUCUCUCUCUGGGUCUGGCAAGAUGGGGUUAAGGCAAGUCAGGAGCCCAGUUCAAAGUCAGGAGCUUCUGAGAGAAAAACUGCAAAGAGGGAAAGGGUUUGUGCUAAGUGACCGAGAGUCUUUUUGGAGUUGGGCAGGAUUAACAAAUUCAGGAAAUAAAUAGAAACAUGGAAUAAAUAUCCUACAGCACAGCAGACAGAUGGCUGGGGAAAAGAAGGGCAUUUGCUGAUAAUUUUGUAGUAAUUUUGGAAAACCUUUUUGUAAGGAACAAAAAUGUUAAUGGAAAAAUUGUAUGUCAAAAUAAUUAUGUUAAGGGAUGGGAUGAAAUCAAGAAGGAUGUAUUAAGAAGUGGAAAUUACAACUGUUGUUGGGGAGAAUUUCUGUGAUUAAAAAUGAAUGUAUUACCUAC